GGCGACCAGUCUUUACGCAGGCGUCACCAUCGUUCCACGUCUGUUCGCGCGCGUUAAACUUAUCCUACUCGUCACACAUUUGUGACGAUAAGUGGAGUGAAAAAUUGCACUGAAAAUACACAUCUACAGCUGAAAGUUCUCCACACAUUUUUCGGAUUUCGCUUUCACUGUUUCCAAGACUAACUGUGACUAAGUUGACUUCGUUUACUUUGGCUGCCGGUACGCUAAUUGCUGUUUGUUGAGGUUGUUGACUGUCGCGAUGGAGUGACGUCGCGAUGCGGUGGUUCAGAAAGGGCGAGCCGCCCCGGCUGCUCGUCGCAUCACCAGACGAACCACGCUCUGCCAGGAGGUCCAGGAUUGAUGUGUCCCCGGUGCGCUAUUCGGCCAGAAAAAGCAGCAGCAGUUCUGUGGAAACCAAUUUCUACAAUCUCAGCGAUCAAAUUAUAAUAGUAGAGAAAUCCCCGCACCGAUGUCACCGCGGAGACACUCCAGUUACUAGACGCAUAUCUCUUCAAAAUGGCCCCGCUACGCCCCACGAUGCCUAUAACAGUAGAAAAAACCGAGGAGGAUCUUUAGAGAAGGAAUACAUGGUGUACAGAGAGAAACGCAACCCGUUACUCGAUAAAGUUAAGAACACUAAACUAUCGUGCUUCAAAUCCAACGGUCCCUUGCGACACGGCGAUGACGCUGCAUCCACGUCAGGCAGUGAAUGCAGCGGAUUUGGACACGUAGACGAUGUAACCCACUGUCGAUACGCCUCCAACUAUCCCGAAACGCACAUAGAAUUCGAAAACCAUAACCCGUGGGUCAAAAUGCAAAACUACGACGACGAUGUUUUCUUUGCGCAGAGCAUGACCAGUCCAGUUGAAAGCCAGUGGAGGGAAGGUAAAACAUUCACUCCUCGAGGUACCAGAUGCUACAGCUCGGGCUCGGAGUGUGAUCGUUACCACGCGAUACCCAAAGCAGUCACGAAGCUUUCCAAAUCUAGUGACCAAAUUUUUAAUGACGACUAUGAACCAUAUGAUGAUGAACCACUCUCAAUAAAAUCUCAUAAAAAGACUGAUAAAUUUAAGAAUAAAGAUGAUAAAGAUACAAUUGGACCAAGUUCAUGCCUGUCAGCCAAGUUAAGAGCCAUGUCUGAUAGAUAUCUGAAGUCAUCAAACAAGUUUCUUUCGAAACUGUACAAACCAUCUGGUGAACACGAAGAAGAAAUAAUUAACAGUAACGACAACAUUCUAAAGUCAACCAGUGCAUCUAGUAAAAGCCGAAAAAAAAGAGGCGGAGUCAAAGCUAAAUUACGCAGCUUUUCGUACGGAGCUCUGCCUGGUCUCGAUGAAUUUCAAAAACAAUCAGUGUUUCAUGAUGAACCUUAUCAAGUGUCGUGCGACGACGAAAACGUUUUGAUACAAGACUGUGAAGACGCGGAUUCAGGUAUUCUAGUCAAUGAGUCAGCCGCUUCUUCGAUUUUUGAUAGUGACAGAAUAUCGUCUCGUUGUGACAGCUCUGCCUCUCAUGCAAACCCUUUAGUUCCUUGCCACGGCAGAAGCGUAUCUGGUGAUCAAGGCUAUCAAAAGACUAGAACUUCUGGUAGAUUAAGUAGGGACAGGGAGUGCCCUAAACCUAGACCGCGAAACUACCAAAGAGCACUUUCUCUAGAUCGCAAAGAAAUACUUAGACGUAUGCCGAAAAACAACAAUGAGUACGAGGAACCAAAGUAUCUACAACUAACUGAGAAACAGAGAAUGCGACAAAGAGAUGCCAGUCAAGACUCCGGCAUUCCUCCAAUACCACCGUGCCGGAAACCCUCCAAAUCAGAUAAAGCCCCUUGCGAAUUCAAAGUUGUGAGAAUAAUAAAACGAAAUCCUUCCGACGAGCUCGGUAUAUUCAUCGCUAAAACUAAAUUAUCAGACGAAGGUCAUGUGGGAUACUUAGUUGCCCAUGUGGUCCCAGGAGGAUUAGCAGAAAAGGAAGGGACGCUACGCAUAGGCGAUGAACUACUCAAUGUCAAUGGUCGAAGGCUACGGGAUUUGACAAUGGCCGAAGCAAAGGAAGCUUUAAGAUCUGGAAUAUCAGAAAUCGACAUCGUAAUUUGCAGACAACGCGAAGUACCUAAUUCUGAGGGAAAACCGCGCGAACGUACACCGCUUAUGAUGCGCGAGAGUUCAGUGGACUACGAAAACGCAGUAAUAUUGGGAAAAGAAAAACGUAAUGAUAAAAAUGACGUCAGACUCGACCGUCAGCGUUCGCAGGACGAGUCGGCGUGUAAUCGCAGCGCGCUAUCAGCGGCGGACGCGGGCGGCGGCGCGGCCGGCUCGCACACACACUUCCUCAAGGGCCAGAACGCGAGCUACAGCAGCAUGAACAACAAGCUGCUGCGCCGCCAGGUCGUCAGCUACGGGGGCACGAACAAGGACGCGAUCGUACUCAGUUGCACGGGCGACAUCGUCGACAUCGAUGUACCCGACAGUGCCUCUCGGACUAAAGAUAGGAAUGAUAGUGAAAGUGAAACACAAACGCCUAACGCGGCAAACUUCUGCACGCUUCCCCGGAGACCGCGAGCGCCGACGCAUACUUACCACACAAUCACCUUCGAGAAAGGACAAGGGAAGAAACCGCUCGGCUUCACCAUUGUGGGAGGACGCGAUUCUCCCAGAGGUCCACUUGGCAUCUUUAUUAAAAGCAUCCUUCCACAAGGGCAAGCUAUCGAUGACGGGAGACUAAAAGCUGGUGACGAGGUGUUGGCAGUAAACGGGCAAGCGUGCCACGAACUAGCUCACGUGGAGGCCUUGGGGCUCUUCAAAGCCGUCAGGAGCGGUGCCAUCGAGCUCAGGGUCUGUCGGAGAGUCAAGAAUUCUCAAUCUACCAAAGCGAAGUCCUGCACAGAUCUUCUCAAUGACGAUGAAUGAAUGAACUGCGGUUUAUUGUAGAAUAAAAUGAAUUUUGUAAUAUCGCGAUGUAGAGUUUAUGGACUGCAUGCUUCGUAAAUUAAAAUAUAAUUGUAUGUUUAUUAUUGACUUGUAGGUAUAGUUCUUGCAGUCUUGCGCAUGAUUGCAACCGGUUGUUGGUUGUCGCAACACGCAUGUGCCUACCUAUACUCUUUUUUUAUACGUGUCUUAUAUUUACCACCUAUCACGUUGGGCUCGAAUCCCAAUGGGUAAAAAAAGCAAAGUAACAUUUUGAAAGUUCUUGUUUGACAAAAUAUAAAUAAGACUAGUAUGAAAAAUUUACUGUACAUGUCUAACCACAUCCGAUUGUCUUCGUAAGUUGCAAGAAAUAUCUAUAUCUUAAGCUAUCAGAUAGCUAUGUAAUUUCGUAUGCAAUAUCCUUAGAUAACGAGCUAAUAGAGGUACAAACAACUUUGAUGUUAUAGGACCAAUAGUUCACAGUUGUAUUUAGAAAAGAAACAGUGUUUUAAGGAAUCGAAAUUACGAACUGGUUUAACGUGAGCACUUCUAAUAAUUGAAAGCCAUCGUUAGCAAAAAAAUGUACCAAUAGCGCAACAUUACUUAACAAGUACGCCAUGAGGUCAGGAGGGUUAAAAAGAUCACAUUGAAGCAAGUCAUCUAAAAAAGCAAUAUUGCUAUUUAACAUUAGUUGACAUUGCGCACUUACUUUCAUAUACGCAAAUGUCAAAUUGCAAUAUUGCUUGUUUUUAUUUGCUUGACGUAUUUUACAUGGAAUUUUGGCGCUACAAUAUUUUACGAUACGUACUUCAAAAAAAAAGCCAGCAAAACUUGUUCGUAAAUUCGAUAUAGUACUUUGAAGUGCCAUUUAGCAUCAUAAUGUUUGCACAGAAACUAUCGCACAUAGAUAUUACAACAGUUUGUCUACCUAAAAUUAUUUUCUAUGUUGUACCUGAAUUAUUUUCUACCCUCAUUUAUAAGCGAAGCUCAAAAGUAGUGGAUAUUUUACUGCAAAUCCCAAAGAUAAAUGCUUCUUUAUCAUUAUAAUUAGCUGUUUCUAUGAAUAUAGUAAGUUUUAAUGGUGAAAUAAGUUUUUUAGAUAGAAUAUAUUAGAAGAUAUUAUCUAUUACGUGACAUAGACUUUUGCUGCUUUAGAUCUAUUCAUAAUUUUUUGCACAAUUGGUCGUUAAAUUUAAACUGAAUUUACAAAUAAUAGUAAUAGAAACAAUAAAAUGAAUUUGCUUUGUUAAAAACAAUUGGAGAAAAUAAAAUAUCAAAUUAAUAAAAACAUAUAUUAAUAUUUAUUUAAUCUACAUGACCGAAUAUAAACAGUAAUAAGCAAUUAAAUUAGCGUAACAGAAAAAAUAUUAUAAUAUUGUUAUUAUUAUACAUUAUUGUAACUUGUCGAUUACUAUUGUAUGUCGGAACAUUGUGUGUGCAAUAUGAAUUACUGUUGAUCAAAAUUUUAUGAGUGUACAUUCAUUAUUUGAAAAUAAAAGUUGUCUAUAAUGAUCUGGCUAUUUAUCAGGCUUAUUAUUA